GGUGAAUAUUUGCAUAAAUCAAUAUAUUUCAUUUGAGUCAGAGACGAGAGACAGGAUCGAAUGUCCACAUAUUAUUACUGGUGUUUUGUGCAUUUUAUCAGCUUCAAAAAUUACGAAAAUUACCCCUGGACCAGAUCGCAUGUUCACGCUGUUAUAUAGGCGACGUGUUGGUCACAAAUGGAAGCACUAACCGACUAUAUCGUUCGAUUAGCUUGUGUGUGUUUUGCCUACCAAUAACAUCACCAUAGCAUCUACGUGUUGGUCGUUUGGCGAGCUGGAAAUAAUCGUCAAAUUUCCUUCGAAUCACACUUCACAGUUUUUAAAAAAGGAAGAAAAAACAAACGCUGUAUAAUUAUCCGGAUAAUGUGAUCUUAAUUACACCAUAUUUUACAAAAAGCGACGAGAUGGUCAAGGCUUGAAUAACUUUGAUCACAGACACCUGCUCAAUCCGCGCUGACCUUGGGCUAAACUAUAACGAUAACAACAACUGCAACAACAAUCAUAGAAAUGAAGAUGCGUCUAUGCGGUUGCUCGAUUUGCUGGAAAUAACAGCCAAAAAUUAUUCUUCAGUUCACAGCUCACUGUCUUAAAAAAACAAAACAAGGUAUACUACAUUAAUAUAUUGUAGCGCUAGAUGCACUUAUGCUUGGUAAAAACAACCCCCUCCCAAAGAAAAAACAAACACAAAAAAACGAGAGGGUCACCGCUGCAACGCUUUUGAUAGAUCAGCUGGAUCAGGGCUGAUCUAGGGAUAAGCUGCUACUGCUACUACUACUACUAGUACUACUAUUACCACUACCACCUGUAUGACUACGACUAUAACAACACAAACAUCCCAUCAUAUCAUCACCUACUUCUACGCCCCCCCCCCAUCCCACAACGUUUUGGCAAUACUUCGGUUACAGAUCGAUAUUUUACCCAAUUUCGGCUGGUGGUGAAUAAUAUUGUUCGACAGCAGCCAGCCACUGGCGUUAAACGGUGUUCCGAAGAUGGAUGUCGGCAUCUCACCGUCAACAGAAUAUCUUCUCGCUGAUUUCUGAGUUGUAGUUUUUAUUGCCCCGCAGUGAUGUGCUGACGCUGGAGACGAUUGUGAUUCCGUUUUUGUGAAGACAACAAUGACGAAAAUGGUGAGCAGUUUAGAGAAAAAUAACGAUUUUAAUUUCUCAGACAAAGUUAAUAGUUCUACUUCGGUGAUAAACAGAUCCAAGAAUAGAAAGAGCUGUUCAGACCAACAACAACAACAGCAACAACAACAACAACAGCAACAAAAAUCAGUUUCCUCAAACAAAAGAACCGAGAAAGAGAUGCAGGAACCAAGCAAUGUCCAUGUCUUGAUCCUCUUCAUCCUUUUCCUUCUGUUUGUGUUUUUUUACACUGGUCUCCGCGUCUACCUUCGACCGACAAAACCCCCAAUAACUGUCACUGUGAAUACUUUCCAAGAGUACCUCACGGAAAUACAACAGAUAAAGUACAUGUACUUCACUCAAACAGAGGAAUUCUGGAACAUUCUGAAAGACAAUGCACAGCAGCUUCUGAUGACCGACAAAGAAGAUACAACCCCUGCUGCCAUGAUGGUGAUCCUCCCUGCCGGGGAAAAGCAGUUGGCUGUUUGUCUCAUGGAUUACUGGUCACAAAUCAUGAACAGACUUUUGGGCAGCCAAAUCUCAGACUUGGCUUUAGAACCGGUUGUGGACGGUUCUAGUAUAACAUCUUACAAACCCGGACAUCAAAAGUCAAUAAUAUCCGAACAGAUUCAACAGUUAGUCGCAAAUGGUCACAAGUCGGUCGCCAUCAGCAGUUGGGAGAAUCUGCACAUUGAAACGUUGCAGCUCCUGUGCAGUAUAUGCGAGUCAACGAACUUGUUUUACAAGCAAGUGACAGUGGUAUUUCUGCUGGAGAUACCAGACGAAGAGCAUCACAUUGAGAAUAAGUCAGACAUACAUUCUUACCUGUCUUCAAUCUGGAGUCAUUUGAAAAACGAUCAGGUUAAGAAAUUACUACAUGUGAUAGCAAAUAAUAUUGCCUUUUUAACACCAGACGAUACUUUCAUGGGUUGUUAAGGUAACAUGGAGGACGUCUCUAAUGUUCACCUUCCACACACAAAUUCCUUCCUUAAUCAAUGGUGUGUUUAUGGGAUACAAAGGAACCUGUAAUUUUCACUUCAUAAAAAUUCUCAAGGGCUUGCUUAAGUGUGUAUAUAUAUAUAU